AUGCUAGGCCCUGAGCUUAUACAAGCCACUUAUGAGAAGGUAGAUAUGAUUAGGGAGAAGAUCAAAAUAGCACAGAGCAGGCAAAAGAGCUACACAGAUGUAAGAAGAAAAGAUAUGGAGUUCCAAAUGGGAGAAAAUGUGUUCCUCCGUGUUUCUCCAACAAAAGGAAUCAUGCGAUUCAGUAAGAAAGGGAAACUGAAUCCUAGAUACAUUGGGCAUUAUGAAAUUCUCAAAAGAAUUGGAGCGGUGGCGUAUCGACUAGCUCUACCACCCUCAUUGGAAGGCGUUCAUAACGUAUUCCACAUAUCCAAGUUGAAAAAGUAUGUACCAAACCCAACACAUAUCCUAACUGUUGAGCCGGUACAACUAGAAACUGAUAUGUCAUACGAGGAACAACCCGAAGAAAUUUUGUGGCGAAAGGAGCACAAGCUUCACAACCGUACCGUCGCUUAUGUAAAAGUGUGA